AUGCCUGUCGCUCAUUGUCAUCUUGCAAGUGAGAAAAAUAAGGAGAACAGCUUUGGGCGACCACAAACAGCCCAAAGAAAGGCAUCCUUUACAAAGACCUUGAAUAAGAUCACGUCGUCUACUUUCAAUCGUCGACGCACCACAGCACUGCUGCCAACUUCGCAAUCCACGGCAAAUAUCUAUUCACAUUCGCGUUUACCUACACCCUCAGGCGUUGCUCGCAAUGCUUCAUUUUUGUCAUCAUUGCACAUUUUUUCGUGUGAUUCGGCGGGGCACAAUGUCAAGCGCAAGAACGAAGCACUUACCCUCCCCGAUCCUGGAUAUAAGCAAACGGUGGAAGAUCUCGGAGCCUCAUUUGUCCCACCGCCCAGUAACCAUCAACCUCGAGACUCGACCUCAUCUCUACCGCUGAAGAAACGGGACUCCAGCGUGAGGAUCGAGCAGAGAGGUCUCAUGCAACCUAUGCCUCCACCACUGCCUAAGAGCAGUACGAUUGGCGAUGUGGCCUCUCACAAGCCGUCGUCAAGUCAGAAAGCGGUUGCCAUGUCGCUCACGAGGUUGAAUGUCAGCGAAAUUAAGCGGAUUGGAGAACGUCCACAACGCAGCUGGACCUAUUCGCCAACUACACUGACUUCGAAAUCAAGUCAGACUGCCCCAAACCCCUUCCCCGAGCGCAAAGAUAGUCUGAUGCCUCCACCUGCAAGGGCGACCGCGUGCCGGUACAACACGAGUAGCAAGGAAGGUGCGGCCCGCAGUAUACGCUCAAUUACCGAUUCUCGUGAAGACACAACUUUGUUCAAGACAGAAACAGAGACCAAUUCCAUACUAUCCUCAGACGAGUAUGACAUUAUGAUCAGAAAAUCUGGCGGCAGUUUCAGAGAAGACUUCUCUACCAGCAAAUCGUUCAGCCUUCCUGGAGUGCACACCCAAAAGCUUCACGUACCAAGAAAGCGGCACGAUACUCGCGAAAGGAGCAGUGACAUUCACGGACUCACGCCAGAAGAAGCAGACGAUAGUUUCCUUAUUCACUCCAAGCAAUCACCGGCCUAUUGGCUAGGCCGCUUCAUUGCUCUUUCAGACAAGCUUCGUGCAGCAGCUCUCCCUCCUUCACCAUCUCGAGCCGUCUCUUCGAACAUCAACUUCGCCAUCAAAUCGCAACCGCUAUCUAGAACGGCUGAAUCUGAUAUUGCCCAAAGCGAUCAUUUUCAUCCAAUGCACGACAGGAAUCGUCGCGACAGUCGAGUCUUCGCUAUUCUGAGACAGCUGUGUACGACUGCGGAGGCCACCGAAAGCUUGGCUGAGUUCGACGGCCUGAUGGCACGAGCAACGGGCUGCAAAGAAUCUGGUGUGGCUGUAGAGAAAAGGUUGAUUGCAGGAAAAAGCACGGAUGGAAGCGUGAGAGAAAAGAAGGGGUUCUUCAACGGGCUUGUGAAAAAGAAGGCAAGCGGAAGCGGAUUGUGA